AUUAAUCUCAGUGAUCUCGUAAAACCUAAACUUUAUUAGGCCUUUUUCUCAGUGUCAAUUCUCUCAGCACAGAGAGCUUCAUAUUUCAAGAUUCCGGGAUUUUUUCUCUGAAUGAACAGAUCAUACACCGUUACGGAGCAUAGAAGCAACCGCAGCGGAACGCAGUGUUCACCUUUCGUUUCUUCAGUUUGUGAUUUGCCCGUCGCUCUCGCUCUCUCUCUCGUGUGGUGGUUCAUACCAGAAAAAUAAAAAUGGAUUCAUCACAAAGCGCAGCUCUUGGGGGAAAUGGUGGGAGUGGUGGAAAUGGGACAUUGAUUUCUCAAACUAAUGACAUGGAAGCUUCUGCAGCCGGAGCUGAUGAUCCUAUGCAGAAGCUGAACCAGGUCAGCAACUCCAUUCAGAAAACUUUGGGCCUUAUCCAUCAGCUUUACCUUACAGUCUCUACCUUCAAUGCUGCCUUUCAAACGCCUCUCCUCCAGCGCAUCAAUGGCCUUGUUGUGGAGCUUGACAACAUGGUUAAAUUGGCAGAGAAGUGCAACAUUCAGGUCCCUAUGGAGGUUGUCAAUUUAAUUGAUGAUGGGAAGAAUCCAGAUGAAUUUACCAAAGAUGUUAUAAACAGCUGUAUUGCAAAGAAUCAGAUCACCAAAGGAAAAACUGAUGCUUUAAAGAAUUUGCGCAAGCAUCUUUUGGAGGAACUAGAGCAGAACUUCCCUGAUGAGGUUGAAACUUUUAGAGAGAGUCGUGCUGCUGCAGCUGCCGAGUUGAAACGUCAGGCACAGAGUGUACUUCCAAAUGGAGAUGUGAGGGUUAAAUCAGAGCAUUGAGUGAUAUAUUUAUUGUGCCUCUGUUAGUCAACAUUUUAUGCAUGCAUUGUAUAGUGCACUUUAGCUCUGCUUCCUUCUUUCUGCAGCUUGGUUAAAUGUUGUAAAUUUGAUGGCUCAAUUUUUUUGCUUACUUUAUUUUAAUAGAAAACUGCUGCUCUCUUGUGAGUGUGUGCUUAUUUCAAUGAGCUAUUUUUUGAGCUUGAGGUGUAGGGGAAGUCUGAAUUUAUUGGUAGGGUAAGCUUUGCCCUUCUAUUGAAAGAAUGAUUGUAUGAGAUAGCCAACAGCAGUGCUACUCGCAACUCUUGUUCUCUAUCAAAAUUGCCAUCAACGUAACUAAUCCCUGAUGAUUGUU